GAUGAUGAUGCAUGUGCACGGAGCAGGCUGCCGGGGAUCGGGCGGCCGUGCGCUGAUGGAGACGUGCCUGUAGCCUCACAUGUGUCCGGCGGGACGGCCCCUGGCUUUUUUUUUUCCCGGGGAACAUCAUAUUGGAUCAUAUUGUUUGCAGGACGUUGUUCCUCCUGCAGCCCCCCCGGUCUAUCCCGACGUAGUUGUGAAUUGAACAUGGCGACUGUACCAGUAUAUUGCAUCUGCAGAUUACCGUACGACGUGACCCAGUUUAUGAUCGAGUGCGAUGCCUGCAAGGACUGGUUCCACGGCAGCUGUGUUGGGGUGGAUGAAGAUGAUGCUCCAGAUAUCGAUAUUUAUCACUGUCCAAACUGUGAGAAGACCCAUGGUAAAUCAACGUUGAAAAAGAAAAAGAACUGGAGCAAAUAUGACACGGGACAGAGCACAGACAUCAAAGCUGUGCAGAACGGCAGUCAGGUUUUCAUCAAGGAGCUUCGUAGCAGGACAUUUCCCAGUGCUGACGAUGUGGUGGUGAAGCUAAGCGGUGGUCAGCUGACCAUGGACUACCUGGAGGAGAAUGGUUUCAAUGAACCAAUCCUGGUUCAGAAGAAAGAAGGCCUGGGCAUGUCCAUGCCAGCUCCAACUUUCUACAUCAGUGAUGUGGAGAACUAUGUCGGCCCUGAUGUCGGCGUGGAUGUCGUUGACGUGACCAAACAGACUGACAGCAAGAUGAAGCUGAAAGAGUUUGUCGAUUAUUACUACAGCACAAACAGAAAGAAAGUUUUAAAUGUCAUCAACCUGGAGUUCUCCGACACCAGGAUGAACACUAUCGUGGAGAGUCCACAGAUUGUGCGACGGUUGUCGUGGGUGGAAAACUACUGGCCUGACGACGCUCUGCUGGGGAAGCCCAAGGUCACCAAAUACUGUCUCAUCUGCGUCAAAGACAGCUACACGGACUUCCACAUCGAGUGUGGUGGUGCCUCCGUCUGGUACCACGUGUUAAAGGGAGAAAAAAUCUUCUUCCUCAUCAAGCCAACCUCUGCCAACCUGUCUCUGUACGAGCGUUGGAGGUCAUCGUCCAAUCACAGCGAGAUGUUCUUCGCCGAUCAGGUGGACAAGUGUUACAAGUGCACGCUGAAGCAGGGCCAGACUCUGUUCAUCCCGUCAGGUUGGAUCAACGCAAUACUGACUCCGGUCGACUGCCUGGCUUUCUCCGGACACUUUGUCCACAACCUGAGUGCAGAGAUGCAGAUGAGGGCGUAUGAAAUCGAGAAGCGGCUAAAGGUCAAAACGCUCACACCGUUCCCCAACUUUGAGACGGCGUGCUGGUAUGUGGGACGACAUCUCCUCGAGCGUUUCAAAGGUUUACAUAAAGCAAAUAAGCAGCCAGCCCCGUACCUGAUACAUGGUGCCAAAAUCAUCAAUGGAGCCUUCAGAGCUUGGACUAAAAAACAGGCACUUCUGGAGCAUGAAGAUGAGCUUCCUGAGAAUAUGAAGCCCUCACAGCUCAUUAAGGAUCUUGCCAAAGAGAUCAGACUUUCUGAGAAUGCCACAAAAGUCAUUAAGAGUGAGCCCAGUAUUAGGGUGCCAGUGGAGGAACCGUCAUCAACCCAUUCCGAGCCUGAGGAACCUGUUUCCCCAGCAGAGGUUCCCUCACCCAGCACAGACAAGGCCCGAAAGAACAAACCCAAACCCCCAAAGGUGCCCAAGGCCCCAAAGUCUCCAAAGUUACUGAAGGUCAAAGAAGGUGGAAAGAAGAAGGCAAAGAAAGUGAAGGAGUCAUCACCGCCACCUCCUCCUCCUCCACCUCCUCCUAAACUCUCCAGCUUUGCAGCUCUAGAGUCUCAUGCAAAGGACAUUUUGAGUAAAAUGGACCAGUCAAAGAAAGCAAAGGCUGUUAAAAAUGUCCUGAGUGUGUCGGAGAAGGAAAUAUCAAAGCAGAACAGUGUGGAGAAGUUUGAAAUCAGAGAACAGAAUAAGAACAAGACUGAGGCCAAAUGGAAGUAUAAGAACAGUAAACCAGACUCUCUGCUAAAGAUGGAGGAAGAGUGCAAGUUUGACAGAACCCCGCUGUCAAGUAAUAAAGACAAAUUCAGCUUUACUAUGUCACACAAGAAAAUUCUCAGCUCCAAGACACUGAAACCUCAGACCAACUCAAGUGUUUUUGGAUCAUUACAAAACCUAAAAGAGGAUAAGCCCAAGCCAGUGAGAGACGAGUACGAGUACGUCUCAGAUGAGGGCGAGCUGAAGAUAGAUGAAUUCCCGAUCAGGAGGAAAAAGAACACCGUUAAGAGAGACCUUUCCUUUCUGUCAGACAUCAGAGAACCUAUUCAGCCGGCCAAAAAAACAAAGUUCCAACCUCUGGUGUCCAAGAGUGUUGAUUCAUCAGAUGAAGAGACGCUGCACAUAGACACAGAAGCCAAAAGUCGCAACUCGAAGGUGAAGAAAAAGAGCAGUAGCGCAGCUGGGAUCCUCGAUCUCCUGCAGGCGAGCAAGCAAGUGGGUGGGAUUGACUACAGCACCAACAGUCAGCCACCUGCGUCUCCCAGCACACAGGAGGCCAUUCAGGGCAUGCUGUCCAUGGCCAACCUGUCGUCUUCAGACAGCUUGCAGCAGCCGUGGAGCAACAGUCAGUCAAAGAACAACUCGCACAGCACACAAGCCAGCAAGAAGGCCAUUGGACCAACCUGUGGCAGUGGUGGCAGCGCUGGUAGUAACAACGGCAAACGGGUCCCUAAACGCCUCCCUAAAAAAACGAGGAAAAGUAGCAGUAUCAACAGUCUAGAUUACGAUGAUGACCAGGAUCACAUGGAUGCAUGCUUCAAGGACUCAGAUUAUGUUUACCCCUCACUGGAGUCUGAAGAGGAUAAUCCGGUUUUUAAAUCCAGAUCGAAAAAAAGGAAAAGCAGCGACGACACUCCAUACAGCCCAACAGCACGUGUGGGACCAUCGGUUCCACGACAGGAAAGGCCGUCGAGAGAUGGCGCUCGAGUGGCUUCCAUUGAAACAGGACUCGCUGCAGCUGCAGCAAAGCUUUCUCAUCAGGAGGAACAGCAGAAAACCAAGAAGAAGAAGAAGAGCACCAAAAAGAAGGCACUAAUGAUUGAGGAGCCCCCGAAAAUCUCUCAGGACAGUAGCUCACCGGAGCACAAUCCGGACUCCCAGGACGGCAGCCUGACAGACCACGAGUUCAACAGUGGAAGAGUCAAGUCACCGGGCGGCCCUCAGCCUAUGGCGCCAGGAAUCUUCCUCAGCCACAGGCGACCGUCCAUGUCUUCACCCAACAACAGCACCCACUCCACAAGCACCAACAGCAGCAGCAGCAUGGUGAAGGCGGACCGCGCGGGUUCAGCAGACACCAAAGCUAAGCGGCUAAAGAAAGGCAUGGCUACAGCCAAACAAAGACUCGGAAAGAUUUUAAAGAUCCAUCGAAAUGGAAAGCUUCUUCUGUAGCAUGCACCAGACUGUUGUCAGACUGGGAACUGAUGAGCUGGGUCCCAUCCCAACCUCACCCACGUUCACUCAUUAAAGCCAACAAUGGAAAGGAAGAAAAGAAAAAAAACUGAAACAAGACGGGAGAAGAAGAAAAUCAUGCAUUUUUCAAUUUCUAAGAACAUCGCUCUUCUUCUCUACUUAUACUUUAUAACUUUCAGAUAUUAAAGUGUACAGAACCUACUAUAAAUAUUUUUUAAGA